UGAUCCCCCCCAAAAAAUGCUUGUCUGGGUGUUUUCAUGAAAAGACAAAAGCUUUUCCAUUCACUGCAACACGUUAAAGUCAGUCACUUUACAAAUAGCACAAAGAAAUGGCAGAAAAACGCUGCUGCUGACAAAACAGUGUAAGUCACACUGAAUAAACAAUGUCAAGGUGUGACCUCUGAUUGUUAACCCUUUCACCCAUUCUCUGACCCUGUGAUGUACGAGAACCGCAGCUGAAAGGAUUUUCUAAGCUCACCGGCCCCUGGAAAUGUGGACAAAACCCUCCAUAUUCAGUGCAUUUCUAUGACACAGCUGCUGACUCAGGAGGUUUGGACAAAGGGCUGGUGCAGUCGGGUCUAGUAUAAAAGGAAAGGGUUAAACCAGGUAGGAUACAGUUUGGUGCAAGAGCAGAAACAUCAGCAGCAACCAGCAGCUCAACCAGCAGCUCAGCCAGCAGCCCAAUAACCAGCAAUAUGACUACCACUGGAAUGAACAUGAUGAGCAGGAUCAUCUUCUACGAGGACAGGAACUUCCAGGGUCGUUCCUAUGAGGUCAUGAACGACUGCCCUGACAUGUCCUCCUACCUGAGCAGGUGCCACUCCUGCAGGGUUGAGAGAGGCUGCUUCAUGGUGUACGACCGCACCAACUACAUGGGCAACCAGUACUUCCUGAGGAGGGGUGAAUAUUCUGACUACAUGAGCAUGAUGGGCAUGAGCGACUGCAUCAGGUCCUGCCGCAUGAUCCCCAUGUACAGGGGAUCCUACAGGAUGAGGAUCUACGAGAGAGAGAACUUUGGUGGUCAGAUGUAUGAGCUGAUGGACGACUGUGAUAACAUCAUGGACCGUUACCGCAUGUCCAACUGCAUGUCCUGCAACGUGAUGGAUGGCCACUGGCUGAUGUACGAGCAGCCCCACUACAGAGGCAGAAUGAUGUACAUGAGGCCUGGAGAGUACAGGAGCUUCAUGAACAUGGGAUUCAGCGGCAUGAGGUUCAUGAGCAUGAGGCGCAUCACUGACUCCUGCUACUAG